CCGCCGAAUAUCCAACAAGGAGCGAGCCCAGUGGCCGCCGUCCUCGCCAGCGGAGUCGCCGCCGCCAUCCCCUUCCCUGCCCCCGUCCUUGGGCGUUUCAGCAAGACUGGUUUCGGUUCUCCCCGAGGAGUUAUAAUCCUGGGGGAGUCUCUGCAUUACUGGUAAUUGGUAUCCUCAUCUGACUAAUCAUGGCAACCCCUGAUGUGAGUGUCCACAUGGAAGAAGUAGUGGUUGUGACAACACCUGACAAUGCAGUUGAUGGCAGUGGUGUGGAAGAAGUGAAAACUGUGUUGGUGACAACAAACCUGGCUCCUCAUGGGGGAGACCUUACAGAAGACAACAUGGAAACAGAAAAUGCAGCAGCUGCAGCCGCAGCUGCUUUCACAGCUUCUUCACAGCUAAAGGAAGCAGUAUUAGUGAAGAUGGCUGAAGAGGAGGAGAGUUUGGAGACUGAGAUUGUUUACCCCAUCACCUGUGGAGAUAGUAAAGCCAACCUGAUAUGGAGGAAAUUUGUAUGUCCUGGCAUUAAUGUGAAGUGUGUUCAGUAUGAUGAGCAUGUCAUCAGCCCCAAGGAGUUUGUUCACUUGGCUGGCAAGUCAACUUUGAAGGAUUGGAAAAGAGCAAUCCGCAUGAAUGGGAUCAUGCUCAGGAAGAUCAUGGAUUCUGGAGAGCUGGACUUUUAUCAACAUGACAAGGUCUGUUCCAACACCUGUCGAAGCACUAAAAUCGACUUGUCUGGUGCCAGAGUGGCUUUAAGUAGUCAGACAUCAACAGAAUACAUCCCUAUCACCCCUGCUUCUGCAGAUGUGAAUGGGUCUCCUGCUACAAUCACCAUAGAAACUUGUGAGGACACUGGUGACUGGACUACCACCAUUGGAGAUGAAACUUUUGCCUUUUGGAGAGGACUAAAGGAUGCUGGUCUGUUGGAAGAAGUGAUUCAAGAGUUUCACCAGGAGUUGGUAGAGAUGAUGAAGGGAUUGCAGCAGAGGGUCCAGGAUCCACCUUUACAGCUUCGAGAUGCUGUCUUACUCAACAACAUUGUACAGAACUUUGGAAUGCUGGAUCUAGUGAAGAAAGUCUUGGCUAGCCACAAAUGCCAGAUGGACCGUUCCCGAGAACAGUAUACUCGAGAUUUGGCAGCUUUAGAACAGCAGUGUGAUGAGCACCGGAAAAGAGCCAAGGAACUGAAGCAUAAAUCUCAACACCUGAAUAAUGUCCUAAUGACUUUGACCCCUGUUUCUCUUCCACCACCCAUGAAACGUCCCCGGCUUACGAGGGCUACAUCUGGGCCAGCUGCCAUAACCUCUCAAGUAUUGACCCAAUCUGCACAAAUAGCCCUCACUCAAGGAGUACCAGUCUCUCAGCUUGCCAACCUGCCACUGAGCAAAGUGGUAUCUACUCUUCCAUCUACCAUAUUGGGGAAAAGUUCAACUCAAGUUUCUCCAGCUAGCUCCCCAGCCUCACCACUACUUGGGGGAUAUACUGUACUGGCCUCUUCAGGUUCUAAUUUCCCCAGCACUGUGGAGAUCCAUCCUGAUGCUUCCAACCUCACUGUACUCAGCACAGCAGCAAUGCAGGAUGGCAGCACUGUGGUUAAAGUGGUGAGCCCUUUUCAGCUGCUCACAUUGCCUGGUUUGGGCACCACCAUACAGAACGUAACACAGGUAUCUCCUAGUGGUAGUACAAUUGUGACCGUGCCAUCUGGUGCUGUGGAGAGUGGGGCAACGUCAGAGGAGCAUACUACCAUUGAGGUAACCACGGUGUCAGAAGAUCAUGAUCAGAAGUAAAAAAAAAGGGGGAAAAAAAAGGAGAUGGACCUGUAACAGAACACUUAAAAAUGGAUUGUGUCUUUGAGAGCUGCCUUUUCCCAGUCUGUGCUGAGGAGUAAGAAAGUGAGGGUAAAAAAGAUAGAAGGAAUCAAAACUUGGAGAUAGCUUGGCAAAAGAGGGUAAUGGUGAGGCUGCUGAACCAAAGAGAGAGAGAGAGAGAGAGAGAGAGAGAGAGAGAGAGAGAGAGAGAGAGAGAGAGAGAGAGAGAGAGAGAGAAAGAGAGAGAGAAAGAGAGAGAGAGAGAGAGAAAGAGAGAGAGAGAGAGAAAGAGAAAGAAAGAGAGAGAACACCAAAAACAAAAAAAUUAGAUGAAUUAUACCAACUUAUAAAAAGUUUUCAAGUACUAAACUUUUCUCCCCCUUUUUUCCUAGGAUAUGUAUUUUUCCAUCUGUUGCUUAAUAACAUUUUUAGAAAUAGAAAAAUGACUAGCAAGAAGCAAGUCUAGGUAAAAUAGGAGGGUUGAUGAAAAGUAGAGGAUCAAAAAGAUUGAAAAGAUAUUUUGUGGAUGUGGCCCUAAAGAACCUCAGGAAAAUGUUGAUUCUUUAAUAGAGUUACAUUACAUAUCAAUUCUUGGGGUUUCAACCCCAGAGUUUUCUGUCGCUUUCUUGUCAUUUCCUGUGAAGGUUAAUUUGGUUUACAGCAUAGGGUAUGUGGUAAAGUUCAGUUAAAGCAUUUUUUGCACCAGAUGAGGUCUGUAGAAGACUUAGGAGCUUGGGGUGGCGAGUAUCUGCACAAUUUGGUGCAAGUCAGUAGUCACAUGUGCCUGUUUUUUUUUUUUCCAAUUCUAGCCAAGUUCCUUGCCUAAGGUCUGAGAAGUGUUCAAGGGGAAAAAGGGACAAUAAUAAAGGUCUUGGGGACCAUACCCAAGUGUGGAAAAUCCAUGGAUCCUAUGGAUUUGGUGUCUUCCCACAGUUUUUCUGUAGGUUUUAAUUUGGAUAGUUUCCUUCCUCCCCCUUCCUUUUAUAAUUAUAUAUACAUUAUAUGUUCAUAUAAUGUAUAUGUGUACACACACAGGUCCGGGAGAAAACUUUAGAGGAAUCUUCAAGGUGCAGGUGAAUUGAGUUCAAAGCAGGUCACACUAAGACACAAACUUCCUUUCUCUGUCUCAAGGUGGGUACUGAGAGGGGAGAGGGCAUAAAAGGGGCCAAUAAAUGUGAAUAUUUUACCCCAAUCUAGGAAGAUUGCGCUAAUGAGUCAGUCUAUUUGUCCUAUAUGUGAUCCUGACUAGGCCAGAUUAAACAAGUAGUUUGAAUAUUUCAAAAAGAAUCAUUUCAACAUUCAGGGAAAGUUAAAUUUGUAGCAUUUUUAACAAAAGAAUGCUAGGUAUAUAGGUUUCCUAAGAUGACUCAAGUUUGUAUGUUUUAUAUUUUUUAAAUGGCCUAGCAAUGUGUUAGAAUCUUUUAUCAGAGAAUCUCAUGAGUUUAUCUGAAUUGAUGAUACUGAGAAUUUUGGGGCUAUUUUGCUUUUCUUUAUGCUAUGACUUAGGAACCCUGUUCUGAAAAGAAGUAGACCUGGGUUCUUAGUGGCCAUUGCAACAGCCUAUAGAUUGUUGGCAAAAUUGUGUUACAUUCAUAUGCAGUAAAGAAGGAAUCCUGGGAACCUAAGAAUAUACCUAUCACUUUGCACGCUAGUGUGAUCAGGCUUUUCCCAGGUGUUGGGAUGUACCAAAUAGAUUAUUAAAACAAUAACAGGUUACCAGGAAUGUAGCUAAGAUUUAGAUAAUGGUAGGGAUCUCAUCUCUUUGAAAAUCUAUGAAUAAGGUACAUGCAAUGUGUAAAAAUGUUUUUAUUAUUGAGUUAUAAGAUUCUCAAAUUUAAAUUUAGUGGUUACUAAAUGCUGCUCUGAUACCCUCAAACAUGCAGCUUUAUUAGAAUAAAAUUGUUCCAAGCAGCCACCACCAUAAACAUUUUGAGUCAGACUUAUCCUAUCUCUGCCACCUGAGCCUUCAACAACUGGAAACCCGGUGUGUACAAAUUUUACUUAAAUAGCAGAGUUGGGUGUGCCUAAGCAGUAGUUUUCCCUAGCCUCAGAGUACCUCUUUGGAUUUGCCAAUAACAUUUAAAUCAUGAAGUACAAGUGGCUAUUCCUACACACAACACAAAUAGAUGGCUGCAGAAAUAUCAUGUGCAGUGAAGGUCUUUUCUGCUCUAAAUCUAGGUUUUGGAGUCUGUGCAUAGUCCGAGCAUAGUAAGUAGGCAUCAAACCAUUGAACUCUGCCCAAUUGUGAGGUUAUAAGCAACUUGAUGAAGUGUUCUAUGCUCAGUAGUUCUUGUACCAAAAAACCAACACAAUAAUAAUAAAGAGCAUUGCUCAUAAGAUAACCUUAGAGUUGCCAGGGAAAUCUUAGAGCAAAGAAUCCAAGUUGCUGUAUUCUGGGUCAAAGAAGAAAAGAAAAGGUGAUUUUUUGCAGUGAUUGACUUUGAAGCCGCACCCCCCCCCUUCUCCCUUUUUUUUUUUCCCAAAAAAGGGAAAGAUUCUUCCUUAAAAGACUAAGGACAUUUUCCCGAGGGGAAAUAUCUUUCAGUAAUCUGGAAGAUGAAAGUGCCUGAGUCACAGACAAUUUUAAUUAGUUAGCAAUUUGGAAAUUCUUGGAUUUAAAUUUUUAUUUUUCAUAGUUUUCUGGCCUUUGCUGACUCUUAAAUUCCUUUUUCAAUUGCCCCCUGAUUUACUGGGAAAGACUGAUCAGCUCCAGUGUGUGUUGUUCUUUCCAGCAGCCUCAGCUUAUUCCAGGGAGCUUGGUGAUAUGGAAGUUGAAAGUUGUCAGACGUAAUUUCUUAAGAAAUAGAAGGAAGUGAAAAUAUUUAUUGAAGUGAUUUUUCUUAUGCUUCUUUUCAGAUAUAGAGUGUGUCCUGUGUUGUAAGUUUACUUUAUUAGGGCAGCUAAAACUAUACAAUCCCAUCACUGGCCUAAAAUAUAUUUUUCUUUGUUUGUGCAUGCACGUGUACUUGUGUGUGCAUGUAUUUUGAAGGAAAUUUUGGCCAUAGCCCAGUUCCUGCCCUUAUAGACUAAUUAUGCCUUUGCUUAUAGGUCAAGCCAGUUACAUUUGUUUCUCAUAACAGUCUCAUAGCCCAGCAGCCCAUUCGUUCAUUGUCUGACUAGUGGCUAAUUGUGGGGAGCCUUUUUCCUGAGGACAUCAGGGCAACAUGAGGAGACCAGUAGGUCCCUUACUAUCUCUUUACUCUGUUUAAAGCUGUUAGAAAACUGACUGAAUUUAAUGUAGUGUGGUUUGGAAUAGAGCUUACUUUAAAUGCACCACACUCUAUUCCUUCUUUGAAUUGAUUUAUAUAUAGAUCUGUUGUUUUUCCUAAGAUAUAUUCCCACUUCUCAAUUGCAACUUUCAUACAAUAUUGCUACUUCCUCAGUGGAUCAAAUUACUAAAGCCCUGGUGUCCUCUGUUACAUUUUUGUUCACUUUUCUGUCAUGAGUCAUAUGGUUACAUACCAAUAUUGACUUCAUUUAUAGAUACUUUUCAAAAUAAUUUUUUCAUAUUUCAGUUAUGAGUCAUAUUACCUGUAGUAGUCUGAUUAUACUUGACAUAAUAAGUAUAGGGAACUAACAGAGGGAGUGGUGGUAUUGACUCAAAUUAUCUCAUAUAUGAUGUAACAAAUCCAAGUCCAAAGGCUAAAUGUUCCCCAGUGUUGUAGGUUAAAGUGUACCUACCACUUUCAUUAAGCCCUAUAGCCUUACUAUGUUAGCAGCAGUUCAGCAGGCCAACCUAGCAACAGGUUUUUUUCUGAUGCUUUUAGGAUCCUAUGCUGAUCUUGUCAGUGUCCUCAAUCUUGAAGGCUCUGAAUACUCAGUGAAUAUCAGACUUAACAAUGGUCACCCUCACAUUUUCCUUUCUUAAUGGGGUGCUGUUGGGAUAAGAAUCAUGUCAAUAAUAAAAAAAUGAUUAUUACCCUUGGGAAAAGCCUUUCAUAUAGUUUUCUAUUUUAAAUACUUAAUUGCACUCUUUCCUUUUCAUGCUGUCUAUAACAUCCAUGGUCCCUUCUAGCUCUAAAUCUAUGAUCCAAUGAUCUCUUUAAUAAAUAAAGCUUAAAGGGCUAAAGUGGAGGAAGUAAGUCAAUUUCACUAAUUUUUCUUAAAGCAAGAGCAGGAAAUCCCCCCUAAAUCCCCCCCCCCCCCUUUUUGGCCUAUUGACCAGAAGGAAAAAUUCAGUUUCACAACCGAUCACAAAUCAAAAGCAACAAUGAAGUACCACAAACAAGAUUCAAAAAUUUGUUGCUGUGUUCUCAGUUUCUAGUUCAUGGUUUUGCUAAUAACCCUGUUCCCUCAUUCCACCACCAGUAAAAUGUAAGUGAUGAUAGACUACAAGCACGAAAAAGUGCUUUUCUAAAAGUGUAUCUUUUCAAGACCUUUUUUUUUUUUUCAAAGGACUUGCCACUGGCUAAAUAAAAUCAAGCAGAGGACAGCUCCAGACCUUUGGGCCAUAAUCUUAGAGGAUAAUGCUACCAGUUUAAGUUUCCAUCGUAAUUAGAAAAAAAUGAUUUUCUCUUAAAGGGGAGGAGGAUUUUUUUUUAAUGUGUGAUGAUGUGGAUCCAUUUGUUCUUUACAAUGAUCUUUGAACCCUAUCCAACAGUAGUAAGUUAACUUUUAGUAUUCAGUGCACCCAAUAAAAGCUGAUUUCAACUGAAUGGAAAGUUUUUGUUAUUUUCAAAUCCUUAAGUAAUAUUUUAAUGAUUGAAUCUUUUGCUUUACUUGGAAAUAUAAGGCCAAGGCCAGGAUAAUGGUAUUGGGUAAGGAAGGGGCCUAGACUAGGAAAAAGUGUGACUUCUGGAAGAUAUUGAUGCAUACUUACAGAAAUAAUACCCCACUUAAAUUCAUCUUUAAACAAGUUGUUUCUGUUGUUAAUGCUUUUGUAUGCAACAGAACACAACAGGCCCCUCUGGAACCCUGCUCUUUCUAUUCUUUAAUUUAUGUAAAUUAACAUUGUAGCACAUGCACUCUACAUACUGUCUUUAGGACCCAGGUCCCAGUUAGCAUUGUUUCUCCUCACUUACCCCUCAAAGGAUACUGCUCUCCUUAAAUGGGUCAGGACUUUUUGCCCUAAAACUAGAAGAAAGAAUACUCUGGAACCAUGUACAAGAGACAGUUUUGCCAUAAAAUGAAAACUGUAAAUAUAGACAGACUGGUUUUAUUUGGCUUCCAUUUUCCAGAAGAGCUGGAAUUGAAAGUUGCUUUUCCUAAGGGAAUAUUUGUUUCCUAUCAGUGCCUGCUCAGAGAUGAUUUGGGAGGAAGGGUUGACAUUUUGAGUUCUGUUUUGUAUAUUGUUUUUGCCAGUAUCUGCUUGAUAUUUUGAUUUAAAAUAAAAAAAAAUUUUCAUA